AUGGACGUUAAGUAUUUAUUUUCUUCGGUCGAUAUGCUAAAGACUGCCAAUUGUUCGAUUAACGAAGACCUCAUACCCGUUUUGUACGAUUCGUUGAUCAGAUUGCAAAGUGAAAAUCACUUCAACUCCGUUUACCUGUGGGGACGUCUGCAAACGCUGUCGGACGAUUACUUUUUAGCGUACGGCCACUAUGGAAAUCCGGUGAACAAAAAAACCUUUUUCUACAGCCAGAACGUCAUCGAAUGGAGUCUGAUUCCAACGGAUUAUCCGGCGGACGGAUCUGAUCUGGUGAAAACCAUGAAAGACCGGUUUAAAGGUGAUCCCAGACACGUGCAAAUGGCCAAUUUAUUCAAACCGUGGACGGAUCAGAUGGCAGAGAACAACACGCCAUCGAACAUGUCGGCUGACGUUUAUGGAGAAGGCGAAGGCGAGGAAAUCGUUCCCGAAGGACGGUCAAAAAACGUCCGGGCCAGCGACGUCUUAUCUUUGUUUGAAAUGGAAGAAGGCGCCAUGACGGAAAUCUACGGUUCGAGGGAUUCGGACGCGACCAAGAUGAUUAAAGAGGAAGACAGAUUGGCGGUUACAGUAGACAUGAUCGAAAACGAGACGCAUGUGGUGCCCCGGGGCUUCCUGUACAAACUCCCCAAUGGAAAUAUAGUGAACGCGCCGUACUAUAAGGGCUGUUGGGCUCCACAAAUCAUAUUCAACAGAUAUUUUGUGAUGCACAACCUGUUGUGGCCGGGCGCAGUAUUUUUUCAAGACAUGAAUACUGGCGUGCACGGUUUUUUCUACAAUGGCGACGGUAUUAAAAAUUUAGAUCUACCAUUUAUGCUCAAAUGUUAA